AUGAGCAUCGUCCUGCCGGGUAAGCCGCAGUCAAGACUUCAAGGUCUGGCUAUUGCUUAUUGGAAUAACCUGCACCUCAAUGCAUACGUUACCGGAAAUGCGUUCACCAUCCUCGACGGCCUGCAGACGAUCGUCCAGACAAUCUACGACGAGAAUGAGGACCCGCUGCAGGCCAUAGCCAUCGACGAGUUGACGGGCAAGAUCGCCGUGGCAACGAUAGCGCAGGUCCGGAUAUACAAGCCGUCGGGAGGGUCACAGGAAGAUGUCUUGAAGUGGGCACUCCAAUUUGCCUUUGACAUACCGCACGAUGACACCGAGAUAAUACCAGCCUUGUCUUGGGGCGCUUCAGAAGAGCUUCUAGUUGCAGGCCGUUGCCUCUCCCUAUUCUCCACAGGCGAGCAUCUCGAACACCUAUGGGAGAAGAAGCUCCCUUGCGCCAGCAAACUAGCAGUACUGUCGUAUGACUCUGCCUACAUCGCCUCUCUCUCCCAUCACGACCACCUUCCAAAAGUCUGGCGCCGCUUGACCUAUGGCGCCAAUGACGUCCGAUUCGAUCUGGCGUAUCUCCGCCAUCCAGAUGUUGUUACGAGCAUCAGAUGGCGCAAGCCGUUUCACGUGGAGCAAGCAACAGGCAACGUUUUGUAUACCAGCUGCGUGGAUGGCUUCGUACGUGUGUGGAUUCCCACAGACACGGCAAGCGGUUGGAAGUGGCAGCUCUGGGGAAAGAUCGAUGUUGCCAAGUCGAUGCCAGACAAUGUCUGUCCGCCAGAUCCGUGGCUUGUCUGCUUCAUAGACGGGCGAGACUUCACUGCUUCUGUGGAGAGGGCCAUAGAACAGCGAAUGGCAGAUGACAGUAGCACUGACGAUGUAGCACUGGACCAUCUGGUAGCCAUUGCAAACAGGAGCCCAGAGAUAUGCCUCGCUAUGAACCGGUCGGGGUUUUUGACUGCUUGGGCUCUGGAAAACGUGGGCAGUAACUCGUCGGAUGAGCGCCAGAUUUUCAACAUUGCGCAGACAACAUCGCCGGAACUGGAGAACUUUGCUAGCCUUCUGCCCUCGGACGACUUCGCCCAUCUGGAAGUGGAAACGUACUGCAAUCGGAAAACCGGACAGCUGCGGAUCCUGCUGCACGUUUUUGAUGGUAGGAUAGCGAUUUUCGAAUGCAGCGCCGCUGAUCUGUUCGAUCCCACGGCUAAUGACAAACGGCUGCUGCUCCGCACGAUAUGGACCGGCCACUCUGCCUCGAUCAGGAAGAUAGUGCGCAACUUUAGCGGCCGAGCAGUUGUGUCGAGGACAAAGGAUGGCGAGACUAUCGUGUGGAAUCACGCGCUGACGACCCGGCCGGGAUCCUCCUGGCUGUCUUUCAAUCGUCGCAGCACUAUUCCCGAGAACGGCCACAUCCAUCGUAUUUGUGUUCUUCGCCAGGGGCGGUUCGUCGUUUUCCUCAGAGAGAACGUCAUAUCGCUCUGGGAUUGUCGGCACUCAAAGGGUGCCGUACUUGCCCGUAGGACCUACAAGGCUUCGGGCGACCCCCUCUGUCUCAUCAUCUUACCCAAGCCGCAGCAUGUGCACUACACAACCGCGCAUAUCGCCAUGAUUACCUCCAAGGGGCGCGGGAUCGUCUGGCAGCUCAGUCUUCCGAACUACAUCAAGGAGCCAACGAGCACCCUUGGUGCGGACAUCGAGCAGUUUUGUCUGGUUGACCUCAAAUUGGCCGAAGACUUGAAGUAUGUCCUCCCGGUUGAUCCCGCUGGCUCUGGUCCCAUAUCAUCCGAGUUUCUCGACAUCUUUGCCCGGGAUAUCGCUAUAUCAUGUACUCAUACCGGUCGAAUCGAGCUUUGGACGGCGCGUGUCGACCCGGGACGCAAGACCGUGGGAUGGCUAUCGACGUGCCACGCGGACACAAACUUCUCAGAGCCGGCAUUAGUUAGCGGCAGUAUGCUCAAGAAGGCUGCGAUAGUAAGUUCCAAUAGGUCGAGACUUGCUAUAUGGGAUGUUGGCGGCUCUCGCCUAGAGUUUGACGAGGACUACGAGUCACAAGAUGCUAUCCAGGACCUUGAUUGGACUUCGACCCCUGACGCUCAGUCGAUACUUGCUGUUGGAUUCCAAUACCGCGUCCUUCUGCUGUCUCAAAUGAGGUUUGACUACUUGAACAAGGGCGCAGCCUGGGCGCCAAUCCGUGAGAUCAUCACCCGCGAUCUGACGCCCCAUCCGAUUGGAGACUCAACAUGGCUCGCUCAUGGCCAUCUCCUUAUUGGGGCGGGUAACCAGUUAUUCAUCUACGAUCGACGGGUCGGCAUGGACGAGUCGCCUACUGCCGAUCUCAGACUGCCUCAUCGUCAAGACGGGACAUGGGAUCUCUUCGAGGCAGUGCAGAGAUUUAACGGACCUCUCCCCGUGUUCCACCCUCAGUUCCUCAGUCAAUGCAUUCUCGCAGGAAGGAACAAGCUCGUGCGAAGAAUUCUUGUAGAACUUCAUAAAACCUUGAAGUUCCUUGUCCCAGGAGAGUCCGUGGACGACUAUCUUGGUAUCGACUUGGAAGAGUUCUAUGAGCCGGCCGCGGAAAACAGCAGUCACAAAUUCAACACCGGACUGAGUUAUCUAGAUGCACCCUCCAAGAGUGAGGACGACGACGUUUUCAACGAGGAGGUUGCCACUUCGAUCAACGAAAAGCUCACUCGGUUGGGGAUACCCCAGCUCUCCGGCCACGAGCAGAUUCAAUUGGCAGAUAUCAUCGAGUGCGUAGCACUGGUAGAGCGAGAGCGUCGUUCCAUCGAUGAAAAUGGAGCCCGGUUUAUGCUGUUCUUCAGACAGCACGCGCUUCGGAAAGGCCGCACCAACGAGAUACAGCUCUCAUGGCGAGAAAUCAACUGGGCAUACCACUCGGACAGUCAAGAUAUCCUUUCGGAUUUUGUGUCCCGCCAGAACCACAACGUUUUGCUCUGGGAGCACGCUCGAGAAAGCGGAAUUUUCAUGUGGCUCACCGAUACGCAUCAUUUGCAUCGGCAAUUCGAGGCCGUCGCAAGAAAUGAAUACACAAAGAACGGAAACCGGAGCCCAGUGGAAUGCAGCCUGUUCUACAUAGCACUUCGCAAGAAGACGAUACUGCAGGGGCUCUGGCGAAUGGCCGCGGGAGACAAAGAACAAGCUAACACUCAGAAAUUCCUGGCUCACGAUUUCGACGAGCCAAGAUGGCGCACAGCUGCCCUGAAGAAUGCAUAUGCGCUGUUGAGCAAGCGGCGGUUCAAGUAUGCGGCCGCCUUCUUUCUGUUAGCUGAUCGACUGGACAGUGCCGUCGAGGUCUGUCUCCGGCAAUUGAAGGACCUUCAGCUGGCCAUCGCCAUCACGCGCGUCUAUGAGGGCAACGGCGGGCCUGUGCUGCGGAAACUCUUGCAGGAGGAGGUCUUGUCAGUUGCAGCGCGUGAGGGGAAUCGCUGGCUCGCUUCUUGGGCAUUCUGGAUGCUGGGAAGAAAAGAUAUGGCAGUAAGAGCGCUUGUUACUCCUGUAUACACGCUCCUCGAGACACCUUCUUCGCCGGAUCUUAAAUCGCGGUCUUUCUUGACUGACGAUCCUGCCCUGGUUGUUCUCUAUGCUCAGCUGCGACAACAAACACUACAGACGCUGCGAGGAGCGUCCAAGGUGUCGCCGAAAGCGGAGUGGGAGUUUGUCCUCCAUAGCGCAAAGCUCUACGAUCGAAUGGGCUGUGACCUCCUAGGUCUGAGUUUAGGCGACAUGAACCCAUUGACGCUGUUAAGACGGCGAAGCUCGCUUGUGGUCAACGAUAUGCAUACAUCCGAGCUCCACGCCAAAUUCAUGAACGAGCGGGAGCAGGACAAGCGCCCUGCACCGCCGCCAUCAACGUUUCACGAACCCGACGCUGCUUCAUUGCUCGAUAGUUUUGGUCUGUAG